AUGCUCAGGAAGCUGUCGACGCGACCUGCUGCAAGGGCGGCAUUGCUGGCGUGCUGCAUUGCUGCGCUGCAGCCUAGCCUGCCCAAGAGGCAGCCUCUCGCGCGGCGCCACGGCUUCUUCGACGUCCUCAGCGAUGCCUUUGCGAACGACGAGACCGUCUCGAAGCUCGACUACGGCGACAACGCGCCGGCAGCAGCCCAGCCGCCGCGCGAGGCGAGCGUCGACGGGCUCUGGCGCGUCGAGAUGACGGUGGUUGGCGUGCCGACGAAGGACCCGUCGUCGGACCUCUUCGGGCCGAAGCAGCGCGUGACGCAAGAAAACCGGGGCAUCGGCGGCGAGGCCGUCGAGGCGACGCUGCGGCUAACGAACGGCGCCGUCGAGGUCGUCGAGAGCUCGGCGCCCCUGCUCGUCGCCGCGCCGGGCGCCUACCGGUACCAGGACGGCAAGUUACGGAUACGUCUGGAGGCGGCCGGCUUCACGCGGACCUUCACGACGAAAGGUACUUUGCAGAGCAUCUACGGCGGCGACGACACCGCGCGGACGUCGUCGGUCUACGCGAUCCCGCCGGGGCCCAUCGUCCUGGCGGGCCCCGUCGACGUGCUGCCGUCGACGGGCGCACCCUUCGUGCGCAAGGGGCAGCUCCUCUGCCAGACAACCGCGGGGCUGUUUGGGGCCGCGACCAAAUCCUCGCCGGCGGGGUCGUUUACGGCGAGCGCGGAGCGACCAAGUGGCGAAGAUUCGGCGGCUUAA